CAGACUUUCCAGCUGAGUCUGAAGACACUGAAGUUCAACUUUGCCAUUGGUGCUGGCCGCACUUGGAAUCCAAUCCCAGGCGCCAUCUGCCAGAGACGACGUUCCUCUGGCGUCAACUUUUUAUCUGAUCCGAAUUUGAUUCCAUCGCAUUGCUUUCCCUAGCAGCAGAAAUGGGCCGGGGAGAGGAGUAUGUGAAACGGAAGCAUAAGCGCGCCGAGAGGAAGCGGAACCGGGCAGACUCAGAUGGUGGUGUGUCUGAGCUGGCGGCAGCCAAGAAGCGCCGCAGGAAGGGGAAGAGACGAAUCACAGAAGGCAUGUGCUACUCCCUGCCAACGGUGGAGAACCCGUUUCUCGAUGAGAAGGAGCGCGCCUUCCGCAUGACGCACGGCAAGAAAGUCAAUCCGGAGGCGCCAAAAGCAAAAUGCGCCAAAAGCGCGCCGGAAGACCCCGACGUCACCAAGAAGAAGCUCGAUUCCAAACCUGCAAAGCUCAGAAAGGUGUUCUGGCCAAAGGGGGACGCCGGCAAGGGCCCCAUCACGUCUUCUUCAGACACGCGCCUACCAGAAGUUUUCCGCUCUGCGGCGGAGAGCUUAGGAGUGACCGAGCCGUCUGCAUUUCAAGCGGACAUAUGGCAAGCUGCGCUGCGCGGACAAGGGGUCUGGGGUCACUCCAGGGGUGCGGGAGAAGAGGUUGAGGAAACGGUUGCGGGGUACGUGCUGCCUGCGGUGCAACACUUGAAGGCGCAGGAAACGGGGAAAGUGGGGCAGGGUCCAGCAAUACUGAUCCUGGUGCCAAGUAGAGCAAGGGGUUCGCAGGUACUAAAGGCCUGUCGGAAGAUCCGGGAGGGAGGGAUCCCCCUAAAAGCAGUGAACGUGCACGAUGAGGCGAAUCCGCAAGACCAGCUGGAAGGGCUUGAGAGCCAGGUGGUGGACUUGGUAGCCGCCACGCCAGGACGGCUGUCGCAGCUGAACAUCAUCAAGGGGGAUCUCUUAUCGAGGGUCACGUUUGCUGUACUAGACUCUGCCGAUCAGAUGAGCGAGCGGGACUUGAGACAAGCCGGCCUUCUAACAGAAAGCCUCCGGGCCGACGCCCAAACGCUCUUCUUCACCGGGAGCUACAACGUGGCCGUGCACGAGUCGCAACGCAAGUGGCUCAAGGAUCCAAUCCAACGAGUCGCCGCCAGCAACACGCCUGUUGCGCUGUGCGCCGGCAUCGAGCAGCGGUUCGUGUACUGCUCCGAGGACAAAAAAGCUCAGCGAGUUGUCAAGACCGUGCUCGACGUGAGGGAGGCAGAGCAGGAAGCCCGGGCGAAGAGCCGCAUUCUCGUCCUGGCCGCGACUCCGGCCUCUGUGAAUGCAACUGUGGAGGCUCUGGCGGAAUCCGGGCUGAGGGCCGGAGCGCGCCACGAGGACCUGCGGACGGAAGAGCGGCUUGCUGCUGAGGACGACUUCAGGGCGGGCAAGGUGCCCAUUCUAGUUACGACGGGCAUCACCUCCCCGGGAGUGCACGCGAGCAGCGUACCGGUCCUCAUCGUGCACGACCUUCCGGGAACCGUGGAGGAUUACGUCAGGCUCGUGGGAUACGUGGCGAGGACGACGGUGAAGGGCCAAGUGCACAGCCUCCUCACCAAGGAGCACGCCCAUCUGGCCGUGGGACUGUCUGAGCUGCUCCAGGCGUGCGCGCAGCCGGCGGAUUCUAAGCUGGAGAUGAUGGCGCGGGCGGUCAAGCUGGUCCAGCAGCAGCAGACCGGAACCGGAAACGGAAACGGAAAGGGGUCUGGACACGGUCAAGUGAGCGGCGCAAAGAUGAACGGAGCGCCCAAUGGAAAUGGUGUCAGAAACGGGGAAGAAGCAGCGCUUCCGAGAACGACCGCCUCGAGGCGGGACCCGUCCAGGGGAGCCGGCGUCGGAACCGGAAUGGCAGUUGAUGCCGUCGGACGGACGGAGGCUGGUAAUGGGCGAGUGGCGCAAAACGGACGUUCUGCCAGCGGAAACGGACGCUCGGACCACGGAAGCGGACACGGGGAAGGCGACGGAAGCGCGUCCGAAGCAUCAGAGGAAGAGGAGGAAGACGACGAGGCGACGCUAGACGAAGAGGAGCGGCUAGCGGCAGAAGAAGGGGCGCCGGCGGGGGAUGAUGAGCUGAGGAUGCUGGAAGAGGAAAGUUCGAUGUCGGUAGAGGAGCUGUUGGCGAGGAUAAGAGCGCGGGCGGAGGAGGGGGGACAAUGACAUUUGGCGGAAUUUGACAUUGGUCACCUGCUGCUUCAAAACAUCUUCAGGGUCGUUGUGUUGGCAUGCAAAUCCUUUUAACAGGUUUUUUUUCUAAGAUGCACAUGCCACCAACGAGUACAUUUUGACAACCUCCGUGGAUUGCGGAGCUAGUCCCCCCCCG